AAGAUAAUUAAUACUACUAUUUGAGAUAUGACUCACCUAUAAUUGAUUGAGAACAACAGAAACCCAUCUCAUGAAACAAAUUUUCACCUCUUCUAUAAACUUGUACCAAAACAGCAAUAACUAUAACUCCUCACUUUCUUCUGCACACUCAACCACACUUCCACCAAGAUGAAAACCGUUAAUCCACUUGUUCACAAAACAUCCAAACUUGCUAACAAGACCCUAGUUUUUGACUUUGAAGGCACUAUUCUAAGAUCCACUUCACUCUUUUCUUACUUCAUGCUAGUUUCUUUUGAAGCUGGUGGAAUAUUAAGAGCUCUCAUCUUGUUUCUUUCAUACCCUUUGGUAUGGAUAGUUGGUGAGUAUCAACUAGGGUUAAAGAUCAUGGUUUUCUUAACGUUUUUUGGUAUAAGAAAAGACUCGUUCAGAAUUGGAACUGCUGUUCUUCCCAAGUUUUUCUUGGAAGAUGUUGGGUUGGAAGGGUUUGAAGCUGUGAUGUGCUGUGAGAGAAAAGUUGCUUCUAGUAAGUUGCCAAGGGUUAUGGUUCAGGGUUUCUUGAAAGACUAUUUAGGUGUUGAAGCUGUUGUGGCAAGAGAGAUAAAAUCAUGUAAUGGUUACUUUUUGGGAGUGUUUGAGAAACAUAAAACAACUGUUCCUUAUGAUGUUAAAGCACCAACAACAACAAGCAUUGACAAUAGUAUUGGAAUUAUUGGUAGCCAUAUUGAGUAUAUUGACCAGAAACUUUUCCCUCAUUAUAAGAAGGUUUGCUUUAUGCUAAGUUCUGAUGAGAGGAGAAACUGGAGAGAACUACCAAGAAAAUUCUAUCCUAAGCCAUUGAUUUUCCAUGAUGGAAGAUUAGCUUUCAAGCCAACUCUAACAUCUUCAUUCAUCAUGUUCAUGUGGUUACCACUUGGAAUAUUGCUUUCAAUUUUCAGAAUCACAUUUGGUGUUUCACUUCCUUUCAAUGCCUCAGCUCCAAUAUUAGCUUUCUCAGGCACAAGAACCACAGUCUCAAAACCUCAAACCUCAACCGAAACCGAAAUGAAUCGAAAAAACAUGCUUUAUGUGUGCAAUCACAGAACUUUACUUGAUCCACUCUACAUUGCACACACUAUAAACAAACCAUUGUCAGCUGUCACUUAUAGCAUGAGCAGGUUCAACGAGAUGAUUUCUCCGAUUAAGACCACACGGUUAACGCGCGACCGACAUAGAGACAGGAAAUCAAUGGAGAGAAUGCUUAAUGAAGGAAACCUUGUAGUGUGUCCAGAAGGAACAACAUGUAGAGAGCCUUAUUUGUUAAGGUUUAGUCCUUUGUUUGCUGAACUCACUGAUGAUAUUGUUCCUGUUGCUGUUGAUGUUAAGGGUAGUAUGUUUUAUGGAACAACAGCUAGUGGACAAAAAUGUUUGGAUCCGUUUUUCCAUUACUUGAAUCCAAAUCCUGUUUAUUUUGUUAAGAUUCUUGAGAGGAUACCAUCAUCACAAACAUGUCAGGAGGGUGGGAAAUCUGGUGUUGAAGUUGCUAAUUUUGUGCAAAGUGAAAUUGGAAAGAGUUUGGGAUUUUGUUGCACUGAUUUGACUAGGAAAGACAAGUAUAUGACUUUGGCAGGUAAUGAAGGUGUGUAGUAAACAAUCUUUGUCAUCAUAAAUUCCAGUUAUAAUUAGGUACAAGUUAAUUUGUGUGUUGCAUUCUCAUGUCUCUUCCUAAUUCCUAUGUUAGUUUAAAAGAAGUAGUGAAUGUAUAGUGGCAAAAUGUUGUAAUAUUUAUAAGAGUGUUGUAGUUGUUGUGUUGAGAAUUAUUAGCAGUCACUUUUCUCUGUUUAUA